AUGCUGCGGUAUUAUUGGAAGAACCUUACAGACAGGGGAGUAGUUCUCAAACCUGACCUGGUCGUCCAAACCAGGGACAGGGUCCUUGUGGUCGAUGUAACUGUCCGCCACGAGGAUAGGGACUACUUAGAAAACGGUAGGCAGGAAAAAAUCAACAAAUAUACCAGAUUAUUACCGCAGCUGAAAGAAAGAUUUGGUGCAUCCGAGGAUAAAGUGGUUCCAAUAGCCAUUAGGUCUCGGCGGGGAAUGCCCAAAUCUACAAUGGGGGACCUAAAAUCUUUAGGAAUUAAAGACAGAAAAACAGCGCUCACCCUGUUGCUGAUAGCCGUCCGGUCCUCCAUCGAACUGUACCACACCUUCAUGGAGUUAGGUGUGCAUGUACUUCCAACUGCGACUUGUGUGUCGUGAAGUCCCUUUUUACUAG